AUGCCUAUGCCUCGGAAUAUCGUGGAGAGGCUAUACGCCAGUUGGCACAAGGUGUUGGUGGUCGGUGAUUCUAACUUUGUGUUCUCUAAUGGGCUCGCCGAGGUGUUGAAGCCCGAAGAGGGAAUGAUGAUCUGCAGUAGGCCUGAAAAUAUAGGAGACAAGAGCAUUAAGAGUACCAACAUUAUAACUCACCUGAAGAAUCUCAAAUGUCUGAACGUUCAAGUACUGGCCGAAGUAAAGCCCGAAAAGAUGCAUGAUGACAAGCGUAUAAGAGGUGACGAUAAGAAGUGUCUGAGGGUCUUUGAUAGGGUGAUUUAUUAUCACCCUCCCUCUUUUCAAAACGCAAAAGAGUUUGUGCUAUCUUCCACGAGCAUGAUCCACCGAGAAUAUGGAGAGGCUCAUAUGGUCAUGAAAGCAAAGGCCGACUACUCUGGUUGGGAUAUGAUCCAGGUUAUGAAGAGUCAGAGCGACCUGGUUGUUGAUGCCAUCACAUUUAAGAAUUUCGAGGACUUUGUACUUCAAUUCAAGCUCAUGGAGAAGGAAUUUUAG